CAAUAAAGGAAGUUGCUGGCCACAAGGAGGUGGAGAUGGAGAGGUCCUGCCCAACUCAGUCCUCCACUUGAGAAGGUCUGAGCAUGGGUGUCGCUUUACUCUGAUUCUCUCUGGAGUCCUGAGCACGCAGUGUCCCUAGACAGGGCAUCCACGCCUUCCUGACAGCCCGGUUGCCCUCACUUCCUGGAAAGAAUCUGGCUAUGGCUCGGCUUCUCCUUCUUUUGCUGUCAGCAGCAUGUCUGCACAGUGUGGCUUCAGAUUCUCCCUGUCCUUCCCAGGGAAUUCAGCAGGAUAUCCAAAAAAGUAUGACUAUGGUGUCGACCAACCAGCUGUCCUCUCUGGAGUCCAGGGCAGCUCCAUCGAGAUCCCCUUCUCCUUCUACUUCCCCUGGAAUUUGACCAAGGAUCCACAGAUGAGCAUAGCCUGGAGAUGGAAGAACUUCCAUGGGGAAUUCAUCUACAACUCCACCCAGCCUUUCAUUCAUGAGCAUUUUAAGGACCGGCUCAUCAUGAAUUGGACACAGGGUCAGACAUCUGGUGUCCUCAGAAUCCUGAACUUUAAGAAGAAUGACCAGGCCACAUACUUCGGCCGAGUUCUUCUGCAAACAACAGAAGGCAUGAAGGUGUGGCAGUCAAUCCCUGGCACCAACCUCACUGUGACCAAUAACACCAGCACCCCCGCUACACUUCCAAGCACCACCACUGCCACACCUUCUACACACCCCCAAACCGUCACAACAGAAGGCAUGAAGGACGAGCCAAAGAGUGGCCUGGAUCCACAAACCAUAAUUGUGUUGGCAGUGGCUGCUGCUGUGUUCCUGGCUGGGGUUUUGGGAUUGACAGUGUUCCUCGGGUGGAGGAGAAAGCAAGGCCAGAGGACUAAAGCGGAAACCCCAGCCAGGGAGCCAUUGGAAAACAGUGAGAAACGUGAGAGUAUUGGCCAUGAAGGACAAUAUAUGGAUCCCACAGAGAACCCCAAGGAUAAUAACAUCGUGUAUGCCUCCAUCUCCCUCUCAAGCCCGACAUCACCAGGAGCAGCACCUAGCCUGCCUGUCCAAAAGAACCCCCAGGAAGAGACCGUGUACUCUACCAUAAAGGCCAAAUGAGUGGGUCUGGGUGACACUCUUACGGUGACUUUUGUUUCUGGUGGGAAGACUCCCAGCUUCCACUGACAACACAGACAGAAAUAAACUCACGGGUCACUGAAACCACAGGCAAACACAGAAAUUCGUUCGUCAGAGAGUCUGACCACAGAGAAACUGAGAAACUCCCAAGUUCCCUUUUCUAACUUCCUAAGCCUUCCUCACAAAAGUAAACAGAUACACAGAAUCUGCCUACUUAGAAGAAUCUAAGAAGAGAAUUGAUGUGACCCUUGACUUCUGGCCCUCUAAGGACCCUCCUCUAUCACUUUUCUAGCAGCCCAAGCAGGGGAAUCCUAAAUGCUGGCAGCCAGACUCCAUGAUGUGCACCCUCAUCUGUGACUGUAAUAAUCAGCUCGGUGUGACUGAUUCCCAUGUACCACUGCACUGGACAUCAGCCCAAAUCCUAGAUAGACGAUGAGGCCGGAAACUCAAAUAAACCCCAGGUGGCCAAGGUGUUUGCCAAAGGCCAUGUAGCUCCCAGGAAGUUGUCAAGCCAGACAUGCUUUCCUAGAGAUCCCCCCAGCUCUGGGUCUCACUGCUGUCCCCAGCUUCCACUAUUCUCCAGAGAAGGCAGUUUUCCAUAGUGACACAUACACAGAAAAAGCACACUCAGCAGAGUAAUCUCAGAGACCUGCUUUAUUAAUACAGGCCGCACAGCUCUGAUUUGAACUGUGGAGCAGGUCAACAACACCAACAUUUAACAGCUGACCAGGAGGACGGAGAUGCUCUCCCUGCAGCAGACAACAGCAGGGGGACCACAAUACUCUAUUCCUCAAAGAGGGCUGCCAGAAACUCCUCCGAGCUGCCCCUCUGCUGCAUCUCCCCUCUCUCUUCUGGCUCUCCAAUGUCUUCCAUGAGUUGUUCCAAGUCCAGGUCACUGGAACCAUCAUCGUCAGGAGGGAAACUUGUUGCACCCUGUGUCAGGGGCACCUGGGGCUCAAGCCCAUCCUUUCCCAAUGUAUAAACCCCAUGCUGAGCUGGUGGGGCAGGGCACUUGGACACAAUUUUAAUUUCUUUCUCCUCAGAUAAGUUGUUGACUGAAGCCUUGUUUUCAGGAGCUUUAAAUUUUUUCUUAGGGCCUAGAGAGAAUAAGGGACAAAGUUAAGAGUCAACUUAUCCUGACUUUCUACAAGCCAGAUUUCUGAAUUGUUUUAAACAUAUGACAGGAUAACACCUUUAUCAAAACAUGGAAUAUGGGCUUUCAGGUCACACUUGGAUUCUAGCCUUGUGUCAGCUAUAUAUUCAAUAUAGAUGGCCAAUAAAUUUGAAACCUAAGUCUCAGUA